AUGGCCAUCUCUUCCAAUCUUCCUCUCCUCCCUGCUGCACUGUUUCUCUUACUCCUCCCAACAUCAUCUGUCUUAGCCACUGAAAGAGAGCGCAAGACCUUCAUCGUACGAGUUCGCCCUGAUGCUAAGCCUUCCAUCUUCCCCACUCACCAGCACUGGUACGAGUCCUCCCUCACCUCUCUCCUCUCAUCUCAUCAUUCCACCGCUGCUACUGCCACUUCCCCUCCCCCUCCUCCUCCUCCUCUUCUUCUCCACACCUACAGCACCGUCUUCCACGGCUUCUCUGCUCAGCUCACUGUUUCCCAAGCUCACGCCCUUCAUUCCUUCCCCGGCAUUCUCGCUGUUAUUCCCGAGCAAGUCAGGCAACUUCAUACCACGCGAUCCCCUCAAUUUCUCGGCCUUAAGACCUCCGACAGCGCCGGCUUGCUCAAGGAGUCCGAUUUCGGCUCCGAUCUUGUCAUCGCUGUUAUUGAUACUGGGAUAUGGCCUGAGAGGAAAUCCUUCGACGAUCGGGACCUUGGCCCCGUUCCCCCCAAGUGGAAAGGCGCCUGCGUCCCCGGGAGGGACUUUCUGGCCACUUCCUGCAACAGGAAAUUGAUCGGAGCUAGGUACUUCAGCAAUGGCUACGAGGCCACCAACGGGAAGAUGAACGAGACCACCGAGUAUCGCUCGCCCAGGGAUUCAGACGGCCAUGGCACCCACACCGCUUCCAUUGCCGCCGGCAGGUACGUCUUUCCUGCGUCGACUCUGGGGUACGCUCGCGGCGUGGCUGCUGGGAUGGCCCCCAAAGCUCGCUUAGCUGCGUAUAAAGUUUGUUGGAACUCCGGCUGCUUGACCCUUCUGGCAAGAGUUCCGAAAGGCCUGAGCUUGACCUUGAAACCCUCCAGAAGAACAUUUCUGGGAUUUUCGCCACCAUUCGGGGAUGCAAUUUAG